AUGGAAGGAGUGGUGCUGGUUGAGAUGUCCUCAGGGGCCUUGCACUACACCAAAUCGUUCUCCGAGGCGUUCGACGCGCGGCACCCAAAGACCGAGCGACUCAACCUAAGUGCACUCAUCUUUGCGCUCCAAAACUUCGCGGGAAGUAGCACCCGGUCAGUGGACAACAACGCCCCAAGCGAUGAUUCGGCAAUUGGUGCAGAGAUUGUCAUGUUUGCCACGCCGCUGGAAAAUAUGGUGCUCGCAGUCACCCCAUCCAACAAACUCCUUGUGGUACUGUUCACGGAGCCCGACUUCGACGAAAGCGUGGCCAAGUGGUUGGUCCGUCGCGCGGCCUACAACUACGAAAAUGGGGAAAGCGUCGAAAUGCAGCUGAUGACCACGCUGAACCAAGUUUCUCGUCGCUUUCGUCACGCAUUCUCUCAGGCAAUCGACGAAGUGAUUGAGCACCAGCUCAUCAGCUUAAGUGAAGACAUUUUCCUGUCUCAACUGAAAGGCGCUCAAAAUGUUGCAGGAGCACCGGAAGACACGUUCCUCUUUUUCUACUACUCGGGUCGCCUGGACGAUGCAGCUGGAAACAUUCAGAGGGAUGAUGAGGCUGACAAGCGAAAUAGCGGCACGAAAGUGGCGAGCGUGGACGACCGAGAGGAGGAGUGUCGAAAGGCUGUGCGCUCUGUCAACCCUUCUCUCGCCGAGAUAUCCCGCAGGAGCACGCAGAAUAUUAGCUUUCGAAACAUCAUGGCGUCUACUCGUGCCAUCAUUUCGGCCCCUACCAAGCCUAGCAGUGGCAAGAAGAAGAAACCCAAAAAGAAGAGCAAAUGGGGAGCAAAGAACGCCGUGAUGAGUCACUCUGAGCCGCGUGAAUUUCAACGAGUGCUUGAGAUUUGCUGGAAUAAGCGAAAGGUGGGUCUGAUGGAGCCGCAUCGGACUGGAGCUGCUUACAAUUUCGCUGAAGUUCUACUGCCGUUCGUGGAAUUAUCGGCAUUAUCGCUAUUCGCACCAGUCUUGAACACCUUUGCCAGUGGGGUGGAGACUCAAGAGCGCUCGGCGAAACUUGAUCAAUUGGUGUGGAAAAAUAUUCCCAGCAAAACGUCGACAAAGGAGAAAUCUCAGCAAGGCCUCGCGCUCGCCUCGCUGUUGCUGCACUAUUCGACGUGCUGGAGCCAAUGCUAA